AUGCGAACUGUUGAAAAACCUGAAUUAGUUGUCCAUUUCUUCAAGUCUAUCGGAUUCACAGAUGCACAAAUUCAAUCUACUGUUCAUUCUGUCCCACGAAUCCUUAUUGCCGAUGUCGAAAAGACACUCAAGCCAAAGAUUCAGCUAUUUCAAGAAUUGGGUAUCACUGGUUCUGAUCUGUGUAAGCUUAUGUCCUCACACGCGAAUUUGUUAACACGUAGUGUGGACAAAGCAAUAAAGCCUUCCAUUGAAGUUCUCAACAAAGUCCUUAUAAAUGGUACUGAUAAUGGUGGUUUGUUCCGGGCUCUGCAAAGGUCUUUGGUUAUUCUGAGAUCACCUCACUUGAGACUGAUUCCUAAUAUUUCAUAUCUAGAGAGCAUUGGAGUUGUUGGGUCUCGACUAUCAUAUCUUUUGAAGAAUCAAGCUCGUCUUUUUGCUGUGCCUGAAUCUGAGCUUAAAAAGCGUGUUUCUAAACUUCUGGAUAUUGGGUUUUCUACUAAUUCAAGAAUAUUUUUGCAUGGCCUUUGUACUCUAGGUAGUAUUACUCAUGAAACUUUUUUGUGA